UAGUGGUAUGAAUAACGCUCGGCGUAAACAUCGAUUACAUAUACGGACGAGAGCUCGCUGAAGACUUCAAAAAACCAAGAAAAUAACUCCGUUGGCUAAAGAAACCACCACAUUAGCGCGACUUUUUAUUAUUGUGAAUGUGCUUAUUUAGGAAUAGUGAUUUGACAUGUUAAGCUGUACGAGCGGCAGCAGGACUUCAGGCUGGACUCUGGAUCAUCAUACUGCGGUGAUGUGUGCUUAUACCUGAAAUCUGGAAAGUUGAGCGCGUGUGUGAUUCACAAGCCAGAUUCAAUAACAGUUGAGAUCGGAACACUGAUACGAUCGAUUGGGAUGUCUAAGGGAAUUUUAUACUCCUGAUCUAGGAGAUCAUGGCACUGGUGAAUGAUCAGCAUUUGACACGUCUGGAUCUGAACUCCUUGAAGUGGUCCGACGAGUUUAGAUCAUUUCUGCCCAGAUAAACGCGCUUGCUGCUAUUUUACACAUUGACUUUUUGUUUUUUAUCCUAAAGUAUUUGUUGCGUAUCCCUUUUCCCUAAUUGAUUUGCUUAGACUUAUCAGAAGUGACCGUCGCUUCCUGGCAACGUGGAAAGUCGAGGGUCACCAUAUCGGACCAGUCAUUCAUAUGAAGCGGUAAGAAACAUGUGGAACUCAGGGUCAGUGCAGGGUCUACUGAAAGCCCUGAAGCACACGGCUGGUAAAGGGCAGAUCCAGCUGAGCCGUUGGCUCCACCGGACCCCGGACUCUCUGGAAUGUGACAAGAUUGACAUCUUGAUCUGCAAUGUUUUUGAUGAGCGAGCAAACGGCGGAAAGUCGGAGUCGGACACCGAGAGCCUUUCCGACACCGGUGUGUCCUUCACCCCCGAAUUCAGACACCCGUGCUGUAUUACCACCUGUUGCUGUAAAAGCGCCCUGCUGGCCUGCAUCCUGACCGCGGUUUGCUUCUCAUCGGUGGCACUGGUGCGCCAGUAUCUAAAGGACGCUUUAUUGUGGGUGGAGAGUUUGGACAGUUUUGUGGGAGCCAUGCUCUUUAUCGUGGGCUUGAUCUCGGUGUCGUUUCCCUGCGGCUGGGGAUAUAUCCUGUUAAACGUGGCCGCCGGGUAUUUGUACGGGUUUGUGCUGGGUAUGGGUCUGGUGAUGGUCGGGGUUUUGAUCGGGACUUUCAUUGCUCAUGUGGCGUGUAAGAGAUUACUGACGGAUUGGGUUUUGAAUAAGAUCGGCAGCAGUGAACAGUUGAGUGCUGUCAUUCGGGUCGUGGAGGGGGGAAGUGGACUCAAAAUUGUGGCCUUAGCGAGACUCACACCGAUUCCUUUCGGUCUACAGAAUGCAGUCUUUUCGAUCACAGAUGUGUCCUUGCCAAAUUAUUUAGUGGCCUCUUCAGUGGGACUUCUCCCAACACAACUGCUUAACUCGUAUCUGGGCACCACGCUGCGUACGAUGGAGGAUGUGAUCGCGGAGCAGAGCAUCAGUGGAUAUUUUGUAUUCAGUCUACAGAUCUUCAUCAGUAUCGGCCUGAUGUUUUACGUCGUACAUCGAGCGCAGGUGGAACUGAACGCCGCCAUCGCCGCCUGCCAGAUGGAGCUAAAGACGUCGUAUACGAACGGCAGCGAGACCAAUCACAGCGGUCCGAGCUACUGCAGCAAAAGAACCGCGGCAGGUGGGGGAAUCAAUGUAGUCUGAGGGCUAAUAUUGAGAUUUGGCUUUCGAGGAACAUGAUUGCACAGAUGCACUGCCGUGACCGGAAUGGCAACCGGAGAUCUGCCGGAGGGUGCAACGACGCCACGUCAGUCAGUUUGGGUUUUCGCUGCUAUCAUAAUCCAGCUGAUCUGGUUAUGAUUCAGGUCGAAAUGUGGAGAGGUAGUGGAUUUUUAAAGCUAAAGAGCUGUACGUCAGCCUUUGAGACGUUGCCCAAAGACUGAGACGCUUGCCUAGUUUUCUUUGAUAUAAGCUGAUGAAUUGACUGAUAUAAAUUGCUAUAAACAUUUUUGAAUUACAUUUUCUUCCUACAUUUCUUUUUUGACACUAAUAUAAAUUAUAUUAAAGUUUAUAGGAUGUCUAGAGCAUGAGCGGGUAAAUUAAAAAGUGUUUUAGAAUUGUAGUUAAGAUGUUGAGAGGGCCUAACUAAUAUAUCAGGUUGCUUUGUUUUUUUUUUUCAGUUGUAUAUAUUUUGUUUUUGGUAUAAAUGAAGAAUUGCUUUGGAUUUUUUGAUACUUUUCAGAAAUGAAGUAUUGCUUGACAGAUUGUUUCAUAUAUUGUUUUAAAAAGGGUCUGAGAAAUGUUAUCAGUAAGUAGGGGAGAGCGGGGCACAACCUAACGCUUUUUGGUUUGGUUUUGGUUCAAUCAAUUAAAUUUUUUUUUUUGAGUUUGAUUAAUUAUAUUUUUACACACAUCUCUGCUACAAAUGAACAUUUGAAGUUUGUUUCUAUUACUUACCAUUCUUGGAAAAUUACACCAACAGAAGUGCAAACGUAACAACUUACCCCAUAGAUGGGGUUAAUUGUAACAGGCAGGGGGUUAGUUGUAACACUUGCUAAAAAUUAAGUUUGCAGGCUAAUAUUUCAAUACUUUUUUGUCUUUAUACUUGAAGUGGAUAUUGUUUAUAUAUCUGUCUAUAAUAGACAGCUAUCCACACUGUAUUCAUUCAUCCAGCCCUUUUUUAAUAAUUGUUCAAUUAUAAAUGGAUACAAAUGUCUAAAUAUGUGAGAAAAAGCAGCACAAUUAUGACAAAACAUUUUUUAUAUGUGACCCAGUCUGUAAUAACCAUACUACAGUUUAUGAGCAUCAAAGUCUGAUUUUAGCCAUUCAUUUCAUUAUGAUUUCAAUCUUUGAUGUGACCUUAUUCAAUUAAUAUUAAAGAUAUGAACAAAAAUAAAUUUGACACACGAUUUUUAAUAAGACAGGCACAUUUAUUUUAUUGGCAGCCAGCAAUUAUUCAUGUGUAGUCUAAUUAAAACAACGACAAGAAUUACGCUAACGUUAGCGGUUUUCAUAUUGUAUGUGAUGAGGGGUGAGUUGUAACACAGCGUUACGAUUAACCCCGCUGGGUCAAAAUAUUUUCAAGCCCACCAAAAAAGUUGCUAAGAGCUGCAGACAUAUUUCAAAACGAUGCUAUGUUUUAGUCAACAAGACACUGAUUAAUAUGACAUAACAUUGGAUUUGGUAUCUUACAGACCCAACUUAGAAACCGAAAAAAUAAUAUGUUGACAUGCCACCAAAACACUCGUUCAUCAAUAACUCUCUUGAAAAACAUUAUACAUUUCCAAUAAUUAGCGGGAGAUCGUCUUUUGGCAGCGUGUAAAAAAAUACCGGAAAAACAAAUGUGGAACAAUGUAAACAGUCCAUGUUACAACUAACCCCGCGUUAGUUUUUGCCCCGCGCACCCCUACACCUGGAUAAAAUUGUGGCUUUAUCCAAACUGGGUUCACUUUUGCUACUCAGCAGUUUUUUAAGAGCAGAUGUGAGGGAUAUGCAAAGAUGUCUCUCCAGAAAGCUUUGAUAAUGCACAGUGAACUCACUUUGAUCCUUUUAACGUGUUUGAUAUCUCAUUCUCAUAUUGAGAGGACUAAAAUUCCUUCUGCCUUUUUAUAUGAUUUAAACAAAUGCUUUAUUAUAGGGCUGUAAGCAUGUUAUGAUAUGACUUAAAGGGCACCUAUUAUGCAAAAUUCUCUUUUACAAUGUACAAUGGACAUAUGUGUGUGUUGGCAGUGUGUAAACAAUGGCAAAAAAAUCCACCCUCUGCUUUUUUUAAUCCGUGUUUAACCAAAACCGCCCGAUUAGAUGUGCUGUUUUGAUUGUCUUGUUAAUGUGACAUCACACUGAUAAAGCCCCGCCCACAGCCACUGACUGGUUUAUUAGCACUUUAUAGCACUACUGCAAAUUUUCUCAGGCUGUAUUAACAGGAAUCAGAUUUAUUUUUAACUGAAAGCGCUCAUUGUCUAUUGAUAAGGGAGUGAGGAGCUCACCCAAUUCGAGGCAUUCGAGACUUGCUAUAAUUAUUUGUUGGUAUUUUGAGCUACAACUUUACAGACACAUUCUAGACACACCUGAGACUAAUCUUCAUUUGUAAAAAUGAGCAUAAUAUGUGCCCUUUAAUGUAUUCAUUGUUAGAAUUGCAAACAUUUACACGUGGAAAUUUGAAAUAUUUCAGAUGAAGGAUAAAUGCUGUAAGUGAGAUGUGUAUGGGUUGUUAUUAUAUAUGUGCUUAAAAUGA